CAAUUGUCAUUUCCAUCGCGUGCUCUUCCCCACAAAGUCCCAGAAAAAGGGAAGUAAAAGUUGUAAUCAAAUCUAUAUUUCCGACUCGUAGUUGAUCAAUCUAUUGCAGGUAACUUGUAAUCGAAUCCAUCCUGGAGAGGCAGGCCUUGAGAUGAAGUGAAAGAGCCGGAUAAAUUAUCACCGCAAAACAACGGAAAUCGAGAGAGAAACAGAUCAAUUCAUCAUCGGAGGCGGAGAGAGAGAAUGGGGUGGGGGAGGGCGAUUUACGAAGGAGUGGUCGUGGUGGGAUCGCUGUCCCUGCUGGGAUGGGCGGGGCUGUGGUUCUUGAACAGACGACUCUACAAGGAGUACGAAGAGAAGCGAGUGCUCGUUCAGAUCAUCUUCAGCGUCGUCUUCGCCUUUUCCUGCAAUCUCCUCCAGCUCGUCUUGUUCGAGAUCAUCCCCAUCCUAUCCAAAGAGGCGAGAUGGAUGAACUGGAAGGUGGAUUUAUUCUGUUUGAUACUGUUGCUGGUCUUCAUGUUGCCUUAUUAUCACUGUUACUUGAUGCUUUGCAACAAUGGUGUGAGGAAGGAACGUGCAGCACUUGGUGCAAUCUUAUUCUUGCUGGCCUUCCUGUAUGCUUUUUGGCGCAUGGGCAUACACUUUCCCAUGCCUUCUCCUGAUAAAGGUUUUUUCACCAUGACUCAAUUGGUCAGCAGAAUUGGUGUCAUUGGUGUGACUGUCAUGGCUGUGCUAUCUGGUUUUGGAGCUGUAAAUCUUCCGUACAGUUAUCUCUCUCUCUUCAUUAGAGAAAUUGAAGAAGCAGAGAUUAAGGCUCUGGAAAGACAACUGUUGCAGUCAAUUGAAACAUGCAUAGCCAAGAAGAAGAAAAUCAUUCUCUCUCAGAUGGAGAUGGAGAGAAUUCAAGGGUCAGAAGAGAAGUUAAAGGCCAGGUCUUUCAUCAAGCGAAUUGUUGGGACAGUUGUGCGAUCUGUGCAAGAGGACCAAAAAGAGCAAGAUAUUAAAAGCAUGGAAGCAGAGGUGCAAGCUUUGGAAGAGCUGUCAAAACAGUUAUUCUUGGAAAUAUACGAGCUUCGCCAAGCUAAGGAAGCUGCUGCUUAUUCACGGACCUGGAGAGGUCAUAUGCAGAAUCUACUGGGCUAUGCAUGUUCCUUCUAUUGUGUUUACAAAAUGAUUAAGUCUCUGCAGAGUGUUGUCUUUAAGGAGGCUGGUUCAGUUGAUCCUGUGACCAUGAUAAUUAGCAUAUUCUUGAAGUUCUUUGAUAUUGGUAUUGAUGCUGCAUUAUUGUCACAGUAUAUAUCACUUUUGUUCAUUGGAAUGUUGAUUGUUAUAUCUGUGCGGGGAUUUCUUAAGAAUCUAAUGAAGUUUUUCUUUGCAGUUUCUAGAGUUGGCAGUGGAUCAUCAAGCAAUGUUGUACUUUUUCUCUCUGAAAUAAUGGGAAUGUAUUUUGUGUCGUCUAUAUUACUGAUUAGGAAAAGCCUGGCAACUGAAUACAGGUUGAUUAUUACAGAUGUACUGGGUGGAGACAUUCAAUUCGAUUUUUACCACCGGUGGUUUGAUGCAAUAUUUGUAGCCAGUGCUUUCCUCUCUCUACUUCUGCUUUCUGCACAUUAUACAUCUCGCCAAGCUGACAAGCAUCCAAUAGAUUAGAAUUUGUACGCUCUUAUUUUUGGAAAUGGACUUGGUUGUAGCUAUGAUUUUCUUUGCAAAUGAAGGUCCAGUGUAAGUACCUGGGUAUGCGAUAAAGAUAUUCACUUAGCUCGUCUGAAUCAUUGCUUGCAACAUUCUUGAAAAUUUGGAAUUCGCCAGGACCAUAUUCAUUGGAGAUAUGGGUGAACUUUUUUCAUGGCUUCCUUUGAUCUUCUUUUUUCCUUCUUUUCUUUUUCUUCUUUUUUUUUUUUUUUUUUUUUUUGGCACCAUAGCUUCCAGUUGAUGUAUAAAUCAAUUUGAAAGUGCUUGAAAUUGAUUGUUAAAGACGAGUUUGAAAAUGUAAUAGGCUACCCUUGGGAAAAUAUUCUUCUUGUUCUUUAGUAUGAGACAAUAGUAAUGAAAUGAAAUAGAAAUUCAUAGUAA